CAUUUCUCAAAACAAAACAUUGCAAGAAAGAGAGAAGUACCUAAAAACAUCAAGAAAAUAGUACAAAUGUGAGAGACUGGGGACAUGCGUCAUUUCUCUUGAAAUUAAUACAUCCUCUCUGGAUAUGGAAAGAGAUGAGAUAAGUUGUGUCAGAAGAAUCUUUGGCUCGGAAGGGAACUCACAGAUCUAUUUAAUCCAAUAAUAAUAACUUCUGAAUCUCUCUAUAUCAUUCAGCAAUAAGAGAACAACUGGAUCUUUUUGGAACCAGCUUCUCUCAGUGUUAUAACAUGUAUCAGAGAAUAGGACCAUGAUGGCGGCAGCAGAAGCGAGGGCUGCUUGGCAACGCACUGCCAACCGUUGCUUUGUUCAAGAAGAUGCUAAGAGAGCUCCAAAGAUAGCCUGCUGUUCAUCAUCAUCAUCAUGUAAGCUGCAUCCUGAUGCAUCCAACGGUGAUGCAGCUAAUGGGCCAGAUCAUCCAGCUGCAGGUUUUACACCUCUUAACUGGAAUCCCACUAAUACCAACCUACCGCCUGAUACAAAAUGGUGGCUACAGCUGCAGCCCAACUUUGCAUGCCAGAAAGAAUACAUGUAUGAACAGCUAAGUGCAUUAGAGGUUGAACUCGAAGGUGUGGAAGAUGGUGAUGCGAUCCCCACUUCUAAACUUGGCGAGGACCCUCAUCCAAUCAAAGAUGCUUGUGUUGAUCUGAACAAGAAUACACGCCCAUCUUUGGAGUCGCGAUGGAGAGUUUCAGCUGCCUGUAUGAAGCAUGAUUCUGAAGCGAGAGUGCAAGAGCUAAAGGCUGCAAGCACAAACACACAACAGCCACUUAAGCAUAAGGCUGGAAUAGGUGAAUACCCUUACCAGGACGAGGAUUUCAUGGAUUGGGAGCCAGUCGACCGGCUAAUCUCAAACGACUAUAAUAAGGCUUGUUUGGACUCAGAGACACCUUGGAUAGGAGGCAAUAAGACCGAGCCGUGGUGGCGCACUGCUGACAAGGACGAGCUGGCUUCCUUGGUUGCACAGAAGUCGCUUGAGCAUAUAGAGAACUGCGAUCUUCCACGGCCCCAAGCCAUGCAUGUUAGGAGAGGCCCAUUUUCUUGUCUUGAGAGUUUCAAUCAUGAUGCAAUAAUUUCUUCGUCUUUGGAUCCAAAGAUGCACACGGGCCUCUGCAAUCCGAUUGAUUAUGCACAACAUAGUCCUGCUUCCGGGAGCAUGGAUAGAAACCAUUGGCUAACCAGUGAAGUGCGACACUUGCUAUAUGAUUCUGAGAAGCCGUACAGUGGCACCCACAGUUACAGUACUUCCAUCAGGGAUCCAACAGAUAGCAGACAUACUUCUGACAGUGAUCCUAGUAAGGCCCAGCUGUUGGAAGCACUGCGCCAUUCCCAGACCCGGGCCAGGGAAGCGGAAAAGGCGGCCCAGCAGGCCUAUACUGAGAAAGAACACAUUAUCAAGCUUUUUUUCAGACAAGCAUCUCAUCUAUUUGCAUACAAGCAGUGGCUACAACUAUUGCAGCUAGAGACCCUUCUUCUUCAGCUCAAAGCCAAAGACCAGAGGAUCUCCGAUCUCUUCCCAGUCCUACCCUGGAUGCCGUUGAAGGCAAGUCGUUUGAGGAAGGGUGUGCAUAAGGCGACGAGGAGAAAAGCGAGCCACCAGAAAUAUGACAUUGGUAAAUAUGCGGUCGCGCUUGCAGUCGGGUUGGGUCUUGCCGGUGCCGGUCUGCUCUUGGGCUGGACCAUGGGGUGGUUGCUACCCUCUUUCUAGAGUGCACCGCAUUGGAGCACCAAAAAUGGUGAUUUACCCAUGUUUAGUAGGUACGUGGAAAGAUAGCAAAACCAUUAUAUCUCUAUAGUAAUUCAUAUAUAUUGGAAUGGGUAUUGGGCUUGAUGGAACGUGGGGGUGUUGUUGUUGUUUAUGUUGUGAAGUUGCUCCUUUUAGAUCCCUCUUUUUCUUUGUAUGUAAGGCAGAGAUCUUAUUUGUUUUUGUAUACAUAUGAAGUGAGCUGUACAGUGUAUAUAUUGGAUGAUGAGUGACCAUAUUGUGGAACAUUCAGUUCUUUUUUCUUUUUCCUUUCUUUCCAACCACUUGUUUUAGUUGUUUUGGAAGGGAGUAUUCUAUGCUUUUGCCAUUUUUACAAUA